AUGUCUCAAUCAUCAUCAUCCUCCAUGUCUCAAACCACCACCCUCAUCACGCUCCUCUUCUUCUUCCUCUUCCCAACCACACUCUCCCAAAACACAACCUUCACCUUCCCUUCUUUCACUCUCCGCAACAUAACCCUCCUCGGCGACUCUUUCCUCCACGACGGCGUUGUUGGACUCACCCGCUCCACCACCGUCCCCGCUUCCACCUCCGGCACCCUCCUUUACAACAACCCCAUUUCUCAUAUACCCAAUUCCUCUUUCUCUUUCUCCACCAACUUCACUUUCUCCAUCACUAACUCAAACCCAAACCCUCCGUCUUCCUCACCCAACCACUUCUCCUUCUUCCUCAACUCCACCACCCCUUUCGUUUCCCUCGAUUUUCACACAAACAAUAACCAAAUCAGUUUGUAUUUCAACACUUCAGUCCAAGAAACCAUUGAUUUCAAUCUCACAAAUGGAAACUUAAUCACUUCUUGGAUUGACUAUAACUGUUUCAACACAAACUUCACUGUUUUCUUAAGCUAUGCAAAUUCAACUUUUUCGAAACCUGAAAAGCCUCUUUUGAAUGUUGAAUUUGAUCUUUCUGAGUAUUUCAAGGAUACUGAGUUUCUCUAUGUUGGGUUUUUGGGUUCUGCUUUAGGAAGUACCGAGCUUCAACAAAUCAUGAAUUGGAGCUUUCAAUCUUCUCAGUUUCUAGAUAAAAAUUCAUCCUUUCACCAUGUGGGCUAUGAAAAUGAGGAUAUACCUGCUUCAAAUUCAACAAAGAAAGGUCAUGGAAAGAGAUUUGUGAUUGGUUUAUGUGUUGCUAUUGUGGGUCCAUCUUUUGUCUUUCUUCUGUUAUUUGUUUUAGGCUUUUUUUCUUAUAGGAAAUGGACUAGUUUAAGGAAGGUUAACAAGAGUAAAAACUCUAUGGGGUGUCCUACAGAGUUUGGUUACAAGGAAUUGAAGUUUGCUACAAAAGGGUUUCAUGGUUCAAGGAUAAUAGGGAAUGGUUCAUUUGGGACUGUCUAUAAGGCUUUGUUUGUUUCUUCUGGUACAGUUGCUGCUGUUAAAAGAUCAAGACAUUCACAUGAAGGGAAAACCGAGUUUUUAUCCGAGUUAUCGAUUAUAGCUGGUUUACGACACAAGAAUUUGGUUCAACUUUUAGGUUGGUGUGUUGAGAAAAAUGAAUUGUUGCUUGUUUAUGAGUUUAUGGUGAAUGGAAGUUUAGAUAAGUUGCUUUAUAGAGAAGGUAGUGAGUGUGGUGUUUUGUUGAAUUGGGUUCAAAGGUUUAACAUUGUGGUUGGUUUGGCUUCUGUUUUAGCUUAUUUGCAUCAAGAGUGUGAGCAAAGAGUGAUUCAUAGAGAUAUUAAGACGGCGAAUAUAUUGUUAGAUGGAAAUUUGAAUCCGAGGUUAGGUGAUUUCGGAUUGGCGAAGCUUAUGGAUCAUGAUAAGAGUCCGGUUUCGACGUUAACGGCGGGAACAAUGGGAUACCUAGCUCCGGAGUAUCUUCAAUAUGGUAAAGCGACGGAUAAGACCGAUGUUUUUAGCUUCGGAGUCGUUGUUCUUGAGGUUGCUUGUGGUAGAAGGCCGAUUGACACAGAGCGUCAAGAGAUGGUGAAUUUAGUUGAUUUCGUAUGGGGACUUUAUGCGAAAGGGAAGAUUAUCGAAGCGGUUGAUAAAAGAUUGAACGGCGAGUUCGAUGAAGUUGAAAUGAGGAAGAUGUUGUUGUUAGGUUUGAGUUGUGCUAAUCCUAAUAGUGAUGAAAGGCCUUCUAUGAGAAGAGUUUUGCAGAUUCUUAACAAUGAAGGUGUGCCUCUUGUUGUGCCUAAAGUGAAACCUUGUCUUAGUUUCUCUUCUGGAUUGUUGUUGACUCUUGAUGAGAUUGUUUCGGAUUUUGAUGAAAGGUUUAGUUCUAAUCAAAAUAGUUGCAAGAUUCAAAUUGAAACAAGUAGUUGA